AUGUCGGAGACCGUCAAGCCACUAACUUCAUUUUUAAUCGAGGACAUCUUGUCCAUUAAAGAUAAGACACUGCUAAACUUUCCGUGCUCUUCUUCACACAAGUCCAAGGAGGGAUGCGCUCAAUGGAAUAACCAACAGCCCGAUCAGGUAUCACAGUCAGUGGAACUUUGGGCACAGCAUACAGCAUUUGGAGCGCGGAAAGGUGAGCACAUUGGAUCUUAUUUAGGCUACUUAAAGAAAGUGUAGCCUAUACGCAAAUUGAUUGAUUGACCAUGGUGUGCCAGAUUCCCUGGAAUCACACAAAUUUAUAAAAGGGAAUAUUCGAUAUAUGAACCUGUGGAGUAGGCAGCUCACCUGUCAAUUGCCAACUUUUGACGCAAAGCCACCACACCACAAACGGGCUAAUCAUGACUCUCUUUUACAGAUUCCAUUGCCAGCUCUAGUUCCAGCACCCCAGAUGCUAUGAAAAGUUUUACAUCAGCGGGCAAACAGAAGCGCUCGCGCGCUGCCUUUACGCAUCUGCAAGUGCUAGAACUGGAGACUACAUUUAACCACCAGAAGUACCUGUCCGCUCCUGAAAGAGCCCAUCUUGCCAACACCUUGAGACUGACCGAGACGCAAAUUAAAAUCUGGUUUCAGAACAGAAGAUACAAAACCAAACGCAAGCAGCAAGCUACGGAGUACUAUAAGGACACAUUUCAAAAGUCAGAAGGACUAUGUACAGAGGACGAUUUAGUCAGAGCAUCACUUCUCACCACGUUGUACAAAACAUAUCAAUACCGACCAUAUGUGUAUGACUUUAAUCGCACAUGGAGACCAACACUAUGGUGA